CAUGACGUUAUGCUCUGUGCUGCACACUGGGAGAGAGAGAGAGAGAGAGAGAGAAGACGUAAUGGAGUAAUUCCGCUGCAAUGCUCGUCAUUUUUAUUACAUUUCACCAAUUCUGCAGCGUGGAGUUGCAAUGAAGGCCUCUAUGUGGGCUUCGUGUUGUGGUUUAUUGAACGAUCUGAUUGGUUCAGGGGCGGUUCGAGGCCAUCAGGCUGGGUUUGGGAGCGGAGCCGGGCCAUUCAGAUUUGCUCCUGGCGCUGGCUAUUCUGCCUACCCUUCAACGAGCUCCACUCAAUCACCAUCUAGCCCCGCCCCCUCAAAUGGAGCAGCGUGCAAAGCCUGUGGUCUCGCCUUCUCUGUCUUCAGAAGAAAGCACGUGUGUUCAGACUGUGGGCGGAGCUUCUGUGCACUCUGUAGCGUCCUGCAGGAGAACCUGCGGCGCUGCUGCGUGUGCCACGCCCUGUGGGCGACGGCGUUUGAACGGGCGCGCCUCAUGCGUCUGCGAGUACGUGACCUGCGUCGCUACCUUACAUUGCGAGACAUUAGCACAGAUGCAUGCACUGAGAAGGAGGAACUUGUCGAGCUUGUACUGCAACACAUGGGGGUGGAUCUUCAGGAGGAGGAGGAGGAGGAGGAGGAGGAGGAGAGUGAGGAAGCAAACACUGAAGCCCCGCCCUCUGAUUUAGCCCUGCCCGUUGAUGCUGCACCCGCCACCCCCCAGCAGCCUGCACUGUCUGUCUCCGCCCCUCAGGAAGAAACACACAGCACUAACAACAGCUCAGGAACCAGCCAGGAUUGUGGGGACGUUGCCUCUGUGUCUCUCCUCCCCCUGGAGAACAAUGAACGUUUACUAGAGUCCAGCCCAGUGACUCAGAGGAGGGCUCGAGCCUCUAUCUCUGAUCUCUCCAGCGAGGAUGACAUCGAGUUGUUAACGGUUCGGCAGCUGAAGGAAAUUCUGGCCAGGAACUUUGUGAAUUUUUCAGGCUGCUGUGAGAAAUGGGAGCUGGUGGAGCGUGUGCAGCGUUUAUACAGAGAGCACCAACACAACCGCACCUCCUUGGAAAACAUGAGCAACAGCAUCACUGCAGUCGUGGCGUAUCCUCCUUCUAUAUGUGAUGGAGGUGUUGGAGGUGUGGCUCCUCUCAGUACCGUGGAUGAAAAUGUGUGUCGUAUCUGCAUGGACGCUGUGAUCGACUGUGUCCUGCUUGAGUGUGGUCACAUGAUCACAUGUACCCGGUGUGGCAAGAAAAUGAACGAGUGUCCCAUCUGCCGGCAGUACGUGGUGCGAGCUGUACACGUCUUUAAGUCCUAAACACACAAACACACACAUGCACACUGAUAGCCUUCAUCUUCCUGACUGAAUCAGCUUCUGAAAUCAUUGAAGGUUACAUCGUGGCUACAUCCCAAAUUCCUCCACAAGGGGACAAGUUUCUGACUGGUUAGGGUCUGAAUUUGAACAUAGAGGCUCUUUUUAAUUAGUGUUUUUCAAAUGCGCUCUUGUUGAUUUCUCCUAAUGACUCAAAGGUGUGUAUGACCUACGUCACACGAGUGUGCACUCACAGCACAGUGGAGGAAGUAUGUUAAUGGGGCAGACUCUAGCUAUCCUGUUUAUUAUCUAGUGUGCUAUGUACCUAGCAUACAAAAUGGCUAGCAAUGUAAGUAGCAAUUCCAUCAGCUGUCAUGUACAGAUGGAGACAAUCAAAUGUUUGAGAUGUGAAAUGUUAAGCUCCUAUUUACGCAUAUGAACAGCUUUAUCCGCCAUUGAAAAGGCAACUGCAAUCAAGUGCAGCAAUGCCUUCUAGCUAAAAGUUGUGCUCCUGCGGUCUACGUUGACACUGACUCGACCCCGCAUCUAACGACCAUUUAUUGGCCGUCUAACAUUCAUCUAACAAACCUCACUCGAGCUGCUAAAGUAAUCAAAGUAAACAACACUAGGGAACUAGGGGAAGAGAAGUGGACAAGGGCGCAUUAAAAACAGUACUGGAAUGCAGCACGCUUAGUCUUUCCAUGUGUACCGUGUGUGUUGGUGUGUGUAGAAGGUAUAAGAUGAAAAAGUGAAGUGUGAAGGUCCUCCUUGCUGUAGCAGAACUGAAGCCAGCAGUGAUUAGAGGUGCCAAAUGUACUCAACUUUACUGAUUUGUUCGCUGUGCUUUAAUACAGUGUUUAUCUACUGUGUUUAUUAUUAAACCCCUACAGCAUAGUUCAUAUUAGCAUAUUACCUAAGUACUAAAUAAAUUCAUUUCUUAAAUGCAACACCAGACACUGAUAGGAACCUUACCAACAAUAUUUAUCUUUUUAUUUCUGAAUUAACUAUAAGUUAAAAACAUACUUGGCAUCCUUCCUCCCAAACGGCCAUUGAGGUUAAUAUUUAGGUUUUGUAGCUAAAGAUUAGCUACCGCAGUUUAAACCACUGAAAGUUUUUGUUUUGUAUGGUAACAUCACUUUAUUUUAUGUAAUAUCUUUAUGUUAAUACUUUAUUUAACUUUAUUUAAUAAUUACAAGUUAGCUACUAUCUUUUGCAGGUCCAAUAACACUUCUUGAUAUAACACUAUUUUGUGGUGAUACCAGCUAUUUGUUUUGCUAACACUGGCAACUUCUCAUUGUUACUGUUUAGCAGCUAGCUCUAUUUAAUACUUUAUUUUGGGAAACUAUUAGCUAGCUAGCUGUUUAUGAUUAGCUAACCUCUAAGCUAGCUAUGACAACCUCUGUUGUAAUGCUCACCAGCCUGAUAGAUUUAAUAUUUUAAUGUAUAAAACAAAAUAUUUUUUAGACUUAUUAAACUAGCUAGCUAUUUUGGUAAUUAUUUAGCUGUUUAUGUUUAGCUACUUUAGUGACAGCCCUAUGGUGUAUAGCUAGCUAGCCUUUUCUGUUUGGUCUCAACUAUUUUUCAUUGUAUUAAUCUUUCACCAUGAAUUUGAGGAUUAUUUAUUUUGUCACAGUAUUUUGCUUUCAUAUGAAUCUUACACAUACCCACAGUUAUAGCUGUGUUUCUGCGCAGACAUUAUGAAAUUUGAUUAAUUCAGAUUUUGGUAUGUGAUGUUUAGCUACUGCAGUUUAAACUUAGAACUUAACCUAAGCUUAAAGGUUUUGUUGUUGUGUAUGUGUAAAAUGCCCCAUUAUUUUAUUUAAUACUAUUAUUAUUAUUGUUUUAUUAUUGUUUUAUUUAAUAAUUGGUAGUUUACUGCUAUGUUUUGCUACUCCACGAACAACCUCUUGGGGUAACAUGAUUUUAUGGAGGUAUUAGCUAACUAUCUAUGUUUUGCUAACAUACUUCACUGGCUUCAUUACCUUAUCAUGUGACACUAUUAGCUAGCUAGCUAUUUUUGUUUAGCUAACAGGUUCCUGACAGCCCCUGUCUGGUGAAAGCCCUAUGGUGUAAGGCUAGCUAGCCUCUUCUGUUUGAUCCCAACUAACUGUUUUUCUUUUUAUUAAUCUUUCACUAUGAAUUAUAUUUAUUUUGUCACAGUAUUUUGUUUUUAUGUGAAUCUUACACAUAUACACAGGUAUAGCUGACCUGUGUAUCUGCACAGACAUUAUAGAAUUUAAUGAAUUAGAGAUAAAUUCACCAGGAGGUCAACUGUAAUUAUGUGCAUCACUACAGGUUGCACCAAAACCAAGCCCUACGUUCUUACUCACUAUUUCCUACUCACUAUUCCCUGCUCACUAUUCCCUACUCCCAACAAGUAAAGUGCAUUAUAGGUAUUCUGUACCAGGGACUUGAUUGACAGUUAUGAUUUGUUUCUGUCUAGACAGUUGAACAGAUUUUUUUUUCAAUGUUUAAUUGAACCCAUUUAGGCAAAGCCAAAAAAAAAAAAAAAAAUCCAGAUGACAAGUAAUUUAGUCAUUAUUAACACCUUCAUGUGAGUUUUGAAAAAAAAAAUUACAGGCUGCAUGGUGUUAUUUUUUUGCAUUUAUUAUAAUUUAAGAUUCUGCCACGAAUAUUAUGGAUGAUACAUUUUGUCUUUAUUUCAUAUGAAAAUUUUCCUUUUAAUCUGUAAAACUGUAACACACUGUAUUACAUUAUAUUUUAUAUAUAUAUAUAUAUAUAUAUAUAUAUAUAUAUAUAUAUAUAUAUAUAUAUAUAAAAUAUAUUGUACACACUGUUGCCUGUACAAUAGAUGAUUUUUGGAUAACCAUAUGAAAAUAGGAUUACAAUUUGAAUUAUUUGUGAGGACUUGAAUCAUGCUCAUGUCUCUUUUAUUGUGUGUGGGUUUAAUGUGCAA